AUGUUCCUGUUUGUUGAGAGUUUUUGGAGCAAGCUUUCAGCCAUCAAGGUACAAUGUUUUACUGUAGACGAGGUACAAUGUUUUAUUGUCGACAAAGCUGUAGACGAGGUACACUGUUUUACUGUAGAUGAGGUACAAUGUUUUAUUGUCGACAAAGCUGUAGACGAGGUACACUGUUUUACUGUAGAUGAGGUACAAUGUUUUAUUGUCGACAAAGCUGUAGAUGAGGUACAAUGUUUUAUUGUCGACAAAGCUGUCGACGAGGUACACUGUUUUACUGUAGACGAGGUACAAUGUUUUAUUGUCGACAAAGCUGUAGAUGAGGUACAAUGUUUUAUAGUCGACAAAGCUGUAGACGAGGUACAAUGUUUUACUGUCGGUAAAGCUGUAGACGAGGUACAAUGUUUUACUGUCGGUAAAGCUGUAGACGAGGUACAAUGUUUUACUGUCGAUAAAACUGUAGACGAGAUACAAUGUUUUACUGUCGAUAAAGCUGUAAACGAGGUACAAUGUUUUACUGUCGAUAAAGCUGUAGACGAGGAGCAAUGUUUUACUGUGGAUAAAGCUGUAGACGAGGUACAAUGUUUUACUGUCGAUAAAGCUGUAGACGAGGAGCAAUAUUUUACUGUCGAUAAAGCUGUAGACGAGGUACAAUGUUUUACUGUCGAUAAAGCUGUAGACGAGGUGCAAUGUUUUACUGUCGAUAAAGCUGUAGACGAGGUACAAUGUUUUACUGUCGACAAAGCUGUAGACGAGGUACAAUGUUUUACUGUCGAUAAAACUGUAGACGAGAUACAAUGUUUUACUGUCGAUAAAGCUGUAGACGAGGGACAAUGUUUUACUGUCGAUAAAGCUGUAGACGAGAUACAAUGUUUUACUGUCGAUAAAGCUGUAGACGAGGUGCAAUGUUUUACUGUCGAUAAAGCUGUAGACGAGGUGCAAUGUUUUACUGUGGAUAAAGCUGUAGACGAGGUGCAAUGUUUUACUGUGGAUAAAGCUGUAGACGAGGUGCAAUGUUUUACUGUCGAUAAAGCUGUAGACGAGGUGCAAUGUUUUACUGUGGAUAAAGCUGUAGACGAGGUGCAAUGUUUUACUGUCGAUAAAGCUGUAGACGAGGUGCAAUGUUUUACUGUCGAUAAAGCUGUAGACGAGAUACAAUGUUUUACUGUCGAUAAAGCUGUAGACGAGGUGCAAUGUUUUACUGUCGAUAAAGCUGUAGACGAGGUGCAAUGUUUUACUGUGGAUAAAGCUGUAGACGAGGUGCAAUGUUUUACUGUCGAUAAAGCUGUAGACGAGGUGCAAUGUUUUACUGUCGAUAAAGCUGUAGACGAGGGACAAUGUUUUACUGUCGAUAAAGCUGUAGACGAGGUUCAAUGUUUUACUGUCGGUAAAGCUGUAGACGAGGUACAAUGUUUUACUGUCGGUAAAGCUGUAGAGGAGGUACAAUGUUUUACUGUCCAUAAAACUGUAGACGUGGUACAAUGUUUUUUCUGUAGAUAA